UCAAGUAUCAUCAUCGUCCUCAACAACCACGUCUGUCAUCGCUCCCAUUUUGCGCUUGCCCCGUUCACAGUAGUGUUGAACAACAUACCCAGUACUGACGCUCAAUGGCUUCUGCUCUUUCUGGUCCUUCUCUUGUCGCUUCGAGAGCUGCGCUCUCUGCUGCAUUGGCUGAUCAAUCUGAUGCCGUCGAUGAUUCACUGGAGCCGGGAGAGAUCCAGGAGGUCGACAUGCAGGCUCAGGCCGAGGGUAUCCGAACUGUGUUCAGUGAUCCCACCAAUUUCAAUGUCAAGCACCCCCUUUACUCUCCCUGGACUCUUUGGUUCGACUCUCCAGCUACGAAAGGCCGGAAUCUGCCUCAAACACCCGUCUCUGCCUUUCCCCAAACACCUGUGCCUCAGACACCCGGAGUGGCGGCGGCACAAGGUUGGAUGGAGGAUAUCAAGCGGGUGAUCAGUUUUGACAGUGUCGAGGAGUUUUGGGGCCUAUAUAAUAACAUUGUUGCGCCAUCUUCGCUACCGCAGAAGGCGAACUACUAUCUUUUCAAGGAGGGAAUUAUCCCGGCGUGGGAGGAUGAAGCUAACAAGAACGGUGGGAAAUGGAGUAUUCAGUUACCCCGAGACAAGAAUCGAGGCAACGUUGACAAAAUGUGGCUUUAUACAAUGCUUGCCGCAAUAGGAGAAACGUUCGACCCCCUUCUGACCGAAGCUGCCAGCAAUGGUACUCCACCAAGCUCUUUGAUUACCGGCGUUAUCGUUUCCAUUCGCCCACAGUUUUAUCGUAUUUCCAUAUGGACGCGACUAGCUCCGUCUGCAACGGAUGAAGAUGGGCUAAGGGCGCGGAUUGAGGGAAUAGGUCGACACUUCAAAACAAGUGUUCUCGGUUACUCUGAAGGGCAGAGACUGGCAGGUCCGUUGGCCACCGAAGUUGAAUUUCUUUCGCAUAAGGACUCGGAGAAGAAGGGCAAGGCAAAGAAGAUUAUUGUCUGAUACUCAGCACUCAACUGGGAGCGCAGUUCGUUACGGUUUAUUAUAUUUACAUUUAUCAAUUGACUUAGUGUAAAAAAAGCGAUGAGCGAGGCACGUGCGAUGACACGGUAAUGACAUCAUACAAGUCCACUGCGGA